AUGUCGGGGCUUCAAGCGGUGCGGAUCAGCAUCGAGUCGGCCUGCGAGAAGCAUGUGCAGGAGGUGGGCCUCGACGGGAGUGAGACGUACCUGCAGCCGCUGUCCAUGUCGCAGAACCUGGCCCGCCUGGCGCAGCGCAUCGAUUUCAGCCAAGGCAGCUCCGGUUCCGAAGAGGACGAGCCCGCACCGGCCGGCGAGAGUCGCGAAUGGCCCGGCGGGGAGGAGGAGGAGGAGGAAGAAGGCCUGAUAAAAUUUCAGCCUUCUCUCUGGCCUUGGGAUUCAGUACGGAAUAACAUAAGGAGUGCUUUGACAGAGAUGUGUGUGCUUUAUGACGUCCUCAGCAUAGUCAAAGAUAAAAAGUUUAUGACUCUAGACCCAGUUGUACAAGAAUCACUUUCCCAAAAGCAGAAUCCUCAGGUUUUGCAGCUGCUCUCCAAGAAAAAGUACUUAGCUGGAGCAGCCCAGAUUCUUCUGAAAGGAGCAGAAAGGUUGACUAAAUCAGUUGCUGAAAACCAAGAAAAUAAGCGGCAAAGAGAUUUCAACUCAGAAUUGCUCAGGUUGAGGCAGCAUUGGAAGCUGAGGAAAGUGGGAGAUAAAAUCCUUGGAGAUUUGAGCUACAAGAGUGCAGGGUCUCUCUUUCCUCAUCACGGCACAUUUGAGGUCAUAAAAAACACAGACAUUGAUCUGGAUAAAAAGAUUCCUGAUGAUUACUGCCCUCUAGCUGUUCAAAUUCCAAGUGAUUUGGAAGGUUCUGCCUAUAUUAAGGUAUCUAUUCAGAAACAAGCACCAGAUAUAGGGGACCUUGGGAUAGUCAAUCUGUUUAAAAAACCUAUUUUGAAAUCUAAGCCAGGGGCUCUGCAUUGGCAAACAAAACUGGAGACCGCACAGAACGUUCUGUUAUGUAAAGAAAUAUUUGCUCAGCUUUCUCGGGAAGCCGUGCAAAUCAAAUCACAAAUCCCUCACAUUGUUGUGAAGAACCAAAUCAUUUCCCAGCCCUUCCCAGGAUUGCAGCUCUGCAUUUCCUUGUGUCACUCCUCAGAAGACAAGAAAUCCCAAAAAUCUACUUCUGAGAAACAAGGUCCAGAGGAUCAUCUUUACGUUCUGGAGCAUAAUCUGCACCAACUGAUCAGAGAGUUUCACAAGCAGACCCUGAGCAGCAACAUGAUGCCUCAUCCGGCGAGUGCGCCUUUCGGCCACAAAAGAAUGAGACUGGCAGGACCUCAGGCUUUUGAUAAGAAUGAAAUCAGCUCCUUGCAGCCCAGCGAGGGGCUGCUGGAGAAGAUCAUCAAGCAGGCAAAGCACAUCUUUCUGAGAC